AUGUUGAGUUCAUUUCGAGAUAUGCGUCCGUAUCUAUCUGCUUGUUUUCUUAUUGCAUAUGUGGCACUUGUCGAAAGCGCUUGUCAACAACCUCGUCGAUUCUAUGUAGACUGUGGUGCUACACGAUCAUUACAGAAUUCCGCAAAUUUAUGUGCGAAAUAUGGCAUGACUUUACUAAAUCUAACCAAUUCAUCGACUAUUGUCAGCCAAGUCCUCGAUCUUAAUCAAACCCUCUAUUCAAUUAAUUGCAAUUCUCUGUUUUGGUUUUCAUCCGGAAACAAAACAGGAAUACUGGCAAAUGCUGAAUCACUUGGCGCAGUUCUGACUAGUCUUCUUACCGGUCUUGGUGAUUUACUCGGUGGAGUACUGAACCUCGUUGGUACUCUACUGUGCAGUCUACUUUUCGUUCCCUGUCCAACAACAACAACACCUGCACCCAUUACCCAAGCGAUAACCGUUUGCGUUCGACCGAUACAACAGAGGGUGAUACAAAAAUGCUUGACUCAAACAGCACGAGCAGACAUGAAAACAUUUCAAUUCAAUGAACAGCCCAUGUACGGCGGAGUUAUAGACACUUUUGCAUCAAGAAGUCGGAUGACAUGCAGCGGCGUAUGUUCAUCUAUGAAUGAAUGCAUCGGUAUAUCGUACAUCAAUGGCAUCUGUAGUCUUUACAUGUAA